UUAACAUUUCAAAAUAUUAACACAAGCCUUUGCAUAGGUCUUGGAUCCUCAACUUCUUUUGCAUGUGACCCCUCAAAACAAAAUAUUGCAUGCAACUCUUUCAACCAAAGAAUGUAUUUUCCAACCCCUUCCAACUUUCCAACCCCUGGCAUAGAUCUUGUCUAACAUCCAUGUAUUCAUGAGGGCUGUAAUCCUGAUAGACAUCGCUGCCACCAUGACACUUGACUCAUGAGGAGAUGAUGAUGUAUUCAGCACAGCACAGCUGAAGAAGACGAUGGAGGUCACUGCUCGAGCUGCUGUGCUCUUCCUCCUGCUUCUAUCUCAGGCCCUGACUACUGUCCACACACAGGAGGAGGAGGAGGCUGUCCAGGAGGAGGAGCUGCAGGAGGAGGACCAGCAGGUCAUCGAGACAUGGACGUCAAAUGUCAAAGCCUGCACCUGUGACUGUGAAUCUGCUGAAUCACCUACACGCAUCCCCACCGUCAUCUCGCCUGUCGCCCCAACCUCACUUCUGCCACCGCCACCACCUCAGAGUCAACCACUGAACUGCAUGCCAGAGUGCCCCUACCACAAAGCCCUGGGGUUCGAAUCUGGAUCUGUGUCAUCAGACCAGAUCAGCUGCUCCAAUCAGGAACAAUACACUGGCUGGUACAUCUCCUGGAUCCCCAACAAGGCUCGUCUUAACAACCAAGGCUUUGGGUGUGCUUGGCUUUCCAAGUUCAAUGACCAGUAUCAGUGGAUCCAGAUUGACCUAAAGGAGGUGGGAGUGGUGUCUGGCAUCCUCACACAGGGUCGCUGCGAUGCUGAUGAGUGGAUUACUAAAUACAGCAUCCAAUACCGCACCGUGGAAACCCUCAACUGGGUCUAUUACAAAGACCAGACAGGCAACAACAGGGUCUUCUAUGGGAACUCUGACCGCUCCUCCACGGUGCAGAACCUGCUGCGCCCACCUAUUGUGGCCCGUUACAUCCGCCUGCUGCCGCUGGGCUGGCACACCCGCAUCGCCAUGAGGAUGGAGCUGCUGAUGUGCAUGAACAAGUGUUCUUGAAGUGCACUCAGCCUGCUUUCCCUUCCCCUGCCAGCCUGCCGCUUGCCAAAAGGGGGACACUGGUCCAGCAUCUGGAAGAUCUAUCGUGUUACCUUGUAAUGACCUUCAUGUUUUUAACAUGUCUGUCUUUCUUUGGCGAGGCUCGAAGCAAACUAAGUCUGGGCAGGUGGACAUGUUUGGUGUCCUUUGAUGCAUUGUUUUGUCUGUCUUAAAAUCUGUAUAAAUUAAUUGUUUUAAUAUUUAAAUAUCCACACAACACAUUCCAGUUGAAAAGGCAUUUUUGGAGGUCUGUGUUCUUCAUGAAGCUACAAGAGAGAAAUAAAGAUG